AUGGGAGUCAAAACGGGAAGACGGAAGGAUGGAAUGGGACUCAAACUUAAACAGUUAAAGGCCUCCGGGAUAGGAAACUCGACGCCCCACCGUGAGUUUUAUUGGUUUGUCUCAGCGGCGAACACGGCACGGAAACCUAAGCUCUUUCCCUAAUAGGAAUUCCCACAAAUGAUCCUUUCCAUCAAGGAAAAUGUGUUCAAACAAUCCCCUUUCAAUUUAUAAUUCCCAAUUUGAGGCACUCACGCGUUGCUCAACUGUCUAAAUUGUUUGUUGCUAUAUCGAAAGUCAAUUUAUAUUCAAAAAAUGGAAAUGAGAAACAAUUUUUCAGUAAAUAGUGCGUUGUUUUGGCGGAAGAUUGCAACUUACUUGAUCACUCUUAUUGUUUUCCUACCCACUGAGCAGAUGUUUGUACAUUAUCGCCUGCAAAGUAGUGGUUUAUUCUCAAUUUUCUGUUCUUUUUUAUUCAUUCGUAGCGACAUAAACGCGUUAAUGGCAGAAAUGGAAAAAAACAUCGCAAAUGUCUCAAUAAAUGACUUCAAAAAAGCGGCGAAAGAUGAGGAAAGCACUUCGAGAGACGAAGGGCGGAGGCACGCUUAAUUCCACCUAGAUUAUAGGGUUUUGUGGAGCCCAUAAACAGGCCGGACAAGAAUGGAAGAAGGCCGGGAAAGAAGCCCCCCCUCUCCUUCCCGCACAUAAACGGCUCAGACCUCUGGAGGUUGUGGCCUGGCCGGCAUCGGUCUCUUCCUCCACCCUCCGCCCUGGUCUGGUGAUGUCCAAGAGAAUUCGGGCAGGACUGGCGCCAACCAGUUAG